CUCGCCGUCUUACCCACAUCGCACGGCGGUACAGCUGCAUACAACUCAAUUGAGCCCCUGAAGCGUAUAUGCAUCUUGUUUCACGCUCCUGUCGCCUCCUCCGUACCACCUCUGCGUUAGUUCAAGCUCCCUUCCGCAUCUCACCCGCGCGACCCCACCUCGCUCCACUGCGCCGUUCCCUCCAGCAAGCCGCAAACAUGUCCUCCAUGGCAUCCCGCCUGAAAGGCAAGACCGUACUGAUUACUGGUGCCUCCUCGGGCAUCGGCAAAUCCUGUGCUCUCGAAUUCGCCCGUACACAGCCCGACGACCUGAAACUCAUCCUUACAGCACGACGCAUCGACACGCUGAAAGAGAUUGCAACCGAAAUAGCGCAGUUCGCGAAGGGUGUAAAGGUCCACCCUGUCAAGCUAGAUGUGAGCAAGCCGGACGAGAUCAACAAGUUUGUGGGAGAGCUGCCGAAUGAGUUCAAGGAAGUAGAUGUCCUAGUCAACAACGCCGGCCUUGUAAAAGGCGUGGCUCAGGCGCCCAAUAUCGCCCCCGAAGAUAUCGACGUCAUGUUCGCGACCAACGUCACCGGCCUCAUAAACAUGACCCAAGCCAUCCUCCCCACCUUCAAGACACGCCCCGACGGCGGCCGCGGCGACAUCAUAAACAUUGGAUCAAUUGCGGGUCGGGAACCCUACCAGGGCGGCUCCAUCUACUGUGCAACCAAGGCCGCCGUACGCUCCUUCACCGACGCCCUCCGGAGGGAGUUGAUCUCAACGCGCAUAAGGGUUAUUGAGGUUGAUCCGGGGCAGGUGGAGACCGAGUUUAGUCUCGUGCGCUUUAAUGGGGAUCAGGAGAAAGCGAAGAAAGUAUAUGAAGGGGUGGAGCCCCUUACGCCGGAUGAUAUCGCCGAGGUCGUUGUGUUCACAGCUGGGAGGAGGGAGAAUGUGGUUAUUGCGGAUACGCUGAUUUUCCCCAAUCAUCAGGUGAGUGCACCCAUUUCGUUCGGAGAAUGUCGCUGAUGGGUCGAAGGCUGCGGCCACGGUGAUGCACAGGAAGCCUGCACAGUAGACUGACGAGUCACAGGCGGGAACGGGCGGUGCUAUGUACAAGAAGCCGGUCAGAGGUAAAGAAAAAUUAUAGAGGUGGACAAUAUUAUACUUUGAAUACAUGGAGCGUCUAUCGUUCGACCGC